UAUGCUUCAUCAAUGUUUUAGUGAACGUAAAAAGCAGCUGACGAUAGAAAUUCCCGCAAAAUUCCUAUUGCUCAAUAAAGUACAUUUUGUAUUGUAAUUUACUUUUUCGAGCUCGGUAUCGAAUAUUAUUGUGAGAAUCAGGUGCUGGAUCGUAAGUUUAUUAUUGAGGUUUCAACAAUUUUGAAGUCUCUACCGCAAUGCAUGGGUAUAGUCGCUUAGGAGGAGCACGGUCCGGCAGCUCGCCGCCGUCAUCACCUCGAUUCCGUCAUGGCCGGAGCAAGAGCAAUGGCUGGGCGAAUGGGUUUGUCGGUGGUGGAAUCAGCGGUUCCAAGGAGCGUACACUGGAGAAGUUGCUCUUUGGACUUAUGUCGGCAGUUUUCAGAAGACGGGGCCUGCUUUUUUUUGCGCCCCUGUUGUAUAUUUCUGGGAUGUUGUUGUAUAUGGGUUCGUUGAAUUUUGAUGCUGUUAGUAUAAAAAAUGGGGUUGUUUUUGUACACAAUCGUGCUCCCCCAGGCUCAGUGUAUAGAAGUCCACAGGUGUUUGAGAAGCUCUGGCCUUUAAUGGAGUCCGAGAGCAAUAAUGGAAGUGUGAAUGCGCUGUUCAGAGCAUGGAAUAUGAGGGAAGGGUGGAAGCCUUGUGCUGAUAAAAGCGUCAUCAAAACAGAAUUGCCAGUGUCAAAUGGAUUUUUCAUAGUUGAAGCAAAUGGUGGUUUGAAUCAACAACGCCUGUCGAUAUCUGAUGCUGUUGCAGUAGCUGGACUACUAAAUGCAACUCUUCUUAUUCCAAUAUUUCACUUCAAUAGUGUUUGGCGAGACUCGAGCAAAUUUGGUGACAUAUUUGAUGAGGAUUUCUUCAUAAGUGCACUUCAAAAUCAUGUGCAUGUGGUGAGACAACUGCCAGAAGACAUACUUGGGCGCUUUGACAAUAACAUAAGUAACAUUGUCAAUCUUAGAGUUAAAGCUUGGACGAGUCCAGCUCACUAUAUUCAGAAGGUGCUUCCACAACUUCGAGGAAUGGGGGCUGUUCGCAUUGCACCUUUCUCCAACAGAUUAGCUCAGAAUGUGCCUUCGAAAAUCCAAGGACUCAGGUGCUUUGCCAAUUUUGAAGCUCUUAGAUUUUCAGAACCUAUAAGAACACUUGCAGAAAGCAUGGUAGAUCGGAUGGUCAAAUAUAGCUCCCAAAGUGAAGGGAAAUAUGUUUCUGUGCAUCUUCGAUUUGAAGAGGAUAUGGUUGCAUUUUCAUGUUGUGAGUAUGAUGGGGGGGAGGAAGAGAAGCGUGAAAUGGAUAUUGCUAGGGAAAGGAGUUGGCGGGGUAAAUUCAGGAGAAAGAAUAAAGUAAUCAAGCCUGGUGCAAACCGAAUAAAUGGAAAAUGCCCAAUGACUCCUUUGGAGGUUGGGAUGAUGCUCAGGGGCAUGGGUUUUGAUAAUACCACCACAGUAUAUGUUGCAGCAGGAAAGAUUUAUAAAGAACAAAAGUUUAUGGCGCCCCUUAAACAAAUGUUUCCACUAUUGCAAACCAAGGAUACACUAGCUACUCCAGAAGAGCUUGCUUCAUUCAUGGGCCACUCAUCUAGGUUGGCUGCACUUGAUUACACGGUUUGCCUUCAUAGUGAAGUCUUUGUUACAACUCAGGGUGGAAACUUUCCACACUUCUUGAUGGGUCACAGGCGAUAUCUGUUUGGAGGGCAUGCAAAAACAAUUAAACCGGAUAAGAGAAAAUUGGCUCUAUUAUUAGAUAAUUCCAACAUAAGUUGGAGGGUAUUUAAGCAGCAAAUGAAAGAUAUGCUUCGCCGUAGUGAUCAAAAGGGAAUUGAGUUGAAAAAGCCAGGUGGUUCACUCUACAAUUUUCCUAUGCCAGAUUGCAUGUGUAAACAGGCAGCAGAAGCGAGGAAUGAAAGUGUCAACGCACGGGCAUAGAAGAAACUGAGGAAAUAAGACAGUCGUCCUUAUGAAUACGAAUCUUUCAUUACCUGUAAGGCUGUAAUUUAUUUUAUAUAUUUAAGCAGUGAAAUUACGGAAACAUUCUUUAAGUUAGGCAAAGCUAAUAGGUUUUGAUUCCCUCUCUGUUAUUUAGCUUCUGAUUCAUUGGUGAAAAUUAACAGUUCAAAUCUCAUUUCAUUGUACAUUAUGAUAAUUGUAGAUGGACAGACUUUUACCCUGUUAUCACGAUUCAUUCUUUGGUGACGA